ACAUAAUAAUUCCGGCAUUGUUCGACCAGAUCGAAUAAAUGUCUUGUUGGACUAGCUCGCUUGUAUAUAGGCGAUUUUACCGCCAACACGAUUAAAUUAAAUAUUGAUCAUAAUAUUCUCUGUCUUCCUAAUUUGAAAUAAGUUCAUAAAGUAUGAAGGAAUCUGAUGACAGGAGAGGAAAGGGAAGAGUUCAAUUUCUUAUCGCAAAGUUUACGGAAAUAGCUUUACAGAAUGGCGUUGAACCACCCCAAACUUCUAGAACAUCACACACGUCACUUACAGCGUCGAAGAGAACACUAAUUAGUCAUGAUGAACUUUCGAAUGAUGUCGUGAAAGAUACACCUUCAUAUGUAAAACUUAGUUGUGCAGUGAGCGGAUAUGACAAUUACAGAAGUAAAGAGGAUGUGGAAUCUUCCAAUUUUCGCAACAAUUUUCCUUCAAAUGUGGUCAUCAACGGGAAUGAAGCGCAAAUACCUUCAACGCCGGAGAAAGAUGGCCGUUAUUUUGAGGAAGUUUUAGAGAAGGAAAAUAAUCGAAUUAAUGCCCUGAUGUCGCAAGCCGAAAUGGAUUUAUCUAGUCAAUCUUUAUCCGAAGAGAUUAAAGGUAAACUACGAUCGGUUGUGGGUAAAGCUAGAUUGUUGACUACCAAAAAAUUUAAACAGUUUGCUGAUUUGUGCAGGAAAAACAUGACUCAAGGUGAUAAUGUUAAAUUUGCUACAACAAAUCAAGACUUGGCAGGUUUUUGGGAUCUGAUUUCUAUACAGAUUGCCGAUGUUGAUUCAUUGUUCGACGAAGUAGAAAAAUUAAGAAAAAAUAAUUGGCGUUUGGAAGCAUUGAAUAACAGUUCCUUGAAGCCAACAAACUCUAUAAAACCUCCAAGUUCUGCCCCUACCCCAAGGAAAAACAUAAUAAAGGACGGUACUACAACGAAAAAUGCAAGGAAAAAAUCAAUCGACUCAGCUAGAGAUAUUGAACGUCGACGACAGUUGUUGGAAGCCAAGAAAGCAAUGCUUAGAAAGAAAACAAAUCUUCAGAAUGGAGAUUUACAGAUAGAAUUUAAUUAA